UCGUUCCUCUGUUUGUAAACGUUCAUCGUCGACACGUCGCUGUGGUACAAGAGGAAUAAAACACUUCCGGAUGUGCCGUCAGAGGAAAACAGUAACUCCGCCUCAUCGCGCUGCUGCAGCAUCGCUGAUUAUUUUCCUCCUGUUUCACUCCUCACGGGACACCGCAGCAGCGUUUCAAGGAGAAGUCGAAAGGAGAACUGAUAUCAUGCGGUGAUACCGAAUCUGGAAAAGAUGCCAAGGGGUAUUUUUGUGUUUAAAACAGCGAAUGUUUUCAAACCAAACACAUUAAUAUCGUCUUUAUCUGUGUGAAAGAGCGGUAUUUUCUAUCAAAGCGUUUUUUGUUUUUUUUUUCUUGGUCCAAUUGACUUUUCACACGUCAGUAAAAUUAAGGCGUGACCUCACUAACGUCAGGGACGUGAGGCGGAGUUAGAUGCAAAGUACGGGCUUUUUUUUUUACGUAGAGAUACAUCCAAAAAACGGGUCACACAACAACAACAACAACAAACGACAAAAGCUUGACAGCGGGUGCGUCUCAAUCAGCGUCCCUCGUUCAGUAGUUCAGAGCGUUGAUCAGCGAGUCGGCCAUUUUGAGGGGUUUCUCAAUUGCACCGGAAAAACCGGCGAGCGUCCAUGCUCGCUCUGUUCCCUUACAGGAAAUGACGUCAUGUUUUCUGAAGCUCGGAAAAAAAAUAAAUAAUGGGACGAUCUCUCAGCCGACUUCGUCUACAAAUGUAAUCGGCUUGUUAUCGUCGUUGUUUCGCUCUCGAAUGAUCCACGAUUUUGAACGUUAUUUGACGUUCUGUUUGAGUCUAACGACUUUUAAGUGUUUAACGAUGUGAAGGAAGUCCUUCUUCAAGCGAUCCUGCUUCGAGCACCGUGACGGAAACGCUUGUGAUUAAUUAAGCGAGCGAAUUUGAUGACAUUUUUUUUAAUCACCAUGAUGACACAGGGUGCUUUAUUCCUUACGUAACGGUGCUGAAAUAUUAUCUGAUAUGAAGAGGAAUACAUUAUUAAGACAUUAUGAAGAUGUCUACAGUUUCAAAUCCUUUCCUACAGGAGGAAAUGCCCGAGUGAUGCAACGCUCCAAUCCUCCGCGCUGAGAGACUGGGUUUCCCCUUACCGGGGAUUUUCCCGUGUGCACUGGUACUGAUGAAAGUGAAAGUGUAAAUGUAGCUGAAGAACAAUGCUACCCUGAACACACACACACACACACACACACACACACACACACACAGAAGUGUGACGGCAUACAGAACAGGGUUGCCAGAUUGACUGUUUUUUGUGGAACAUUAUUUACGCAGAUUAUAGUAAAUGCAUAUAAAUAUAAGUAAACAAUACAUUAUUAAUAAUAUUCCGUUAAGUGAAUGCGUUAAGUUGCUUUCGCUUUGUUAAAUGCUAUUGAAAUGAAAGAAAGGCCUGGUUAAUGAAUCGUAUCGUUCGUUUAUUAAUACUAUCAAAGGCAAUUAAUGAAACUACUGAAAUUCAUGUCGCUUUAUAAAGUGCUGUUUAAAUGCUUGAACACCGUGUGUACAGAGAAUAUUUACAUCUGAUUAUUUAUUUAUUUCUUCAUUCAUUCAUUCAAAUUCCUCAUUUCCCCCAACCUAUUUAUUCGAUAUCGGUUCAUAUGCAUUUUAAUAUUAUUUUAUAAAUAACUAUGAUUAUCAUCUGGGAGGUUUUUCAUUGGACACUAAGACAAUAACCCUAGUUAUCCUUUUAGUUGAGUACAGAGUCCCGACGGGUCACGGUUUGGUUUUUUUACGUUUUUUUUUCCUAAUAUGUAUCGGACUGAGUGUGUGAUAUCACUGUACCGUGCAAGGUCAACGUCUGGAGUCUGCCCCCUUCGCCCUGAAAUCAUCAAUCUGGCAACCCAGAUAGGGGCGUGACACACACACACACACACAUACAUGGGGAAUAUGCACAAGGUUAAAAAGAUUUCAUUAAUAAUCAAACACACCUAUAUGCUCACAGGAUAACAACCCCACCCAUCCACACACACACACACACACACACACACAAACACACACACACACACACACACACACACAAGGAAAUAAAGAGAAAAGGGACAGAGCUUGGGAUCAGAGCUUCAGGAGGUUCAGUGCUGCCUUUCGGAUGUCCUUCAGCAGUCCGUAACGAGAGCACAGAACAGUCAUGGAGGAACGACAGAGCCUGCUGCAGAAUCUUCAUCAAGAUUUGGAGGAUGUCGUGGUCAUCAUGCAGGAGAACGUGAGGAAGGCCAGAGAGCGCGGCGAAAACCUAGAAGAGCUGGACCACAGAGCCGACGAGCUGCUCAAGUGUAGUAGGAGAUUCGGCAGGACCACAUCGAAUCUGAACGGAAAUCAGCAUCAGAGGAACGUGACUUUGAAAGUGAUUUGUUGCGUAUUUUUUUCCAUCAUCGUCACCGCCGUCCUCAUCGUCGUCAUCAUCGCGACCCAUAAUCACUGGAUCUGACGACGACGAAGACGAGACGAGCUUGCGGAUUUGAUUUCUCCUCGAGACGUGUCUUCAGACGUCGCACGCUCCCGCUCUUGAACACGCAUAAACAGCCGUGCGAUCGAGCUGCUUCCUGUGAAACACUAUUAGCGCAAAAGCUAACGACGAGCUAGGGACAAAGCUAGCACACGGUGUAGUGCGAACUCAUUUUAUUCUCAAUUUUUUCUUUUCUUCGUGAUUGAGACAUCAAGUCAUUCAUUUAGCUCAUGAUGCUACGGUGCACGCGACCGACAAAAAACGAUGAGGUUCGAGAUCUCCGCGCUGUCACGUUUCUCUCAGGAGCCAACACAUGUGCAAAUGAAGGGUCUUAGCAACGAAACAAACAAUUACACUUGACAAUGUUCUCCAUGUUAUUUUAAAUAUCUGACGUUUACACUAUGCUUGUUUUAAUUAUUAAUUUUUUUUAUUUUAAACUGCAAGUGUUUAGCCUGGAAGUUGAUUUUAUCCGUCUGUUUUGCUGUGUCUUGAUUUAAACUGGUUAAUUGAAGUAAGAUUCUGAACAAAAGUGGCCUUUUUCGCAUGUUAAUGUCUUGAUGAGAUAAUAAUGAAAUUGUGCUUGAGAGUUUGUUCACACUGAAAUAACAUUUUAUUUCAAACAACAUGAAAAAACUGGAUUUUUUAUUUAUUUAACUUUGUUUGGGGGGCGGGAGCGAGGGAGGGGGUGUUUUAUUAAAUAUGCAAAUAUAUGCAUGUAUAAACAGACGAAACCUCAUUUGCAUAAAUGACUGUCAGUGAAAGAAAACUUGCAAGAAUAUCAGCAAUCCACUGAAUAUUAUUA